UCCGCCUGUCGCUCCUCAGACAGCUUCUGGCCAACUCUACGCUGCCCAGGAGCAGUCCACGAUGUGUGGCAUCUUCUUCUCGCUUAGUAGCACAGAAGCUGUCCACCCCGAAGAAGACACACAGCGCAUCAUCAGGAAUAGAGGACCAGACAGCUACCGGGCUCAUCAUGCAUGCGUAUCGUGCCCAACACCAAGUGGCGGCGAUGAGCAGUGCGACGGCGACGCAGAUUGCAAGCGGUAUUUAACCUUCAUAUCGUCUGUUCUUGCUCUCAGAGGGGAUCAUGUGGAAGCACAGCCUCUCGUAGACCCUUCCAGCCAGUCAGUCCUCUGCUGGAAUGGAGAGGCAUGGAAAAUAUCGAAUGAGAUUAUCAGUGGAAACGAUACCCAUCGAGUUUUCCAGCUGUUCUUGGAGUCAGUCAGGCCUUCAGAGGAUCCCACACGAUCAUAUGCAUGUGAAGACCCCCUGCCCAGAUUGGCACAUGCUGUCAGUACCAUAUCAGGCCCGUUUUCUUUUGUGUUUUAUGAUGGCUACGCAUCGAGGAUUAUCUACGGCAGAGACUUCCUGGGGAGAAGAUCAUUGCUGACUGGAUGGGACGGAAGGGGGAACUUCAAGAUUUCCAGCGUCUGUGAUGGAUCCUCAUCUAACUGUUUUGAAGAAGUGACCACUGACGGCAUCCAUGUUAUCCAUCUUGCUCGCGGCUCUCGAAUCGUCGAUGUAACAACCAUUCCAUGGGUACAUGGAACGAGUUCUCUCACGGCAGUUCCUAGUGCUCCAAUACCACCCAUGAACAAAUGCCUUCCAGAUACCACACCCCCAGCCCCGUCCCCGCUUGUCACCAGCUCUCCAUCCGUGCUCGAACUAGAGAAUCUACUUCGCCAAUCACUUGAGCUUCGCGUCCAGGCCGUUCCCGACCCUCCUUCCUUAUCAGCAGGAGCAAAGGUCGCAGUCCUCUUCUCCGGCGGGCUUGACUGCACCAUCCUGGCGAGGCUCGCGCAUGAACUACUCCCAGAAGACGAGCCGAUCGACCUCUUGAAUGUCGCAUUCGAGAACCCCAGAGUAGCCGCAGCUAAUCUUGCCAAGAACGGCAACCAGACCUCUGUCUUUGAGGAUUGCCCGGACCGCAAGACCGGCCGGUCAUCGUACGCAGAGCUGCGCCGAGUUUGUCCGACGCGCCCGUGGCGGUUUGUCUGCAUAAAUAUUCCCUACGCGGAAACAAGACAGCAUAGGGACCAAAUUCGACGCCUGAUGCGCCCUCACAACACGGAGAUGGACCUGUCGAUAACGUGUGCGCUAUACUUCGCAUCGCGCGGCGUUGGCGAAGUUACGCCAGAUGAUGAUUCCGGGGUUCCCACUCCCUACACGACGGCAGCACGGGUCCUUCUCUCCGGCCUUGGCGCGGACGAAGUGUUCGCCGGAUACCAACGACACGCCCUCGCCUUCGCACGGCAGGGCUUCCAGGGCCUUGUCGACGAGAUCGAUCUGGACGUCGGGCGCCUAGGCAAGAGGAACCUCGGACGCGAUGAUCGCGUCCUUUCGAACUGGGGCCGCGAAGCGAGAUAUCCAUAUCUUGACGAGGACUUUCUCAGAUGGGCCCUUCAACGUCCCGUUUGGGAAAAGUGUGGCUUCGGCAUCGCGUCCAAUGGCGCAGAAUCGGCAGGCGGAGAUGGAGUGGUCGAAUGUCCUGAAGAACCAGAGCUUGAACCGGGGAAAAAAGCUCUGCGCUUGGUGGCGUGGAACUUGGGCAUGAACCUGGUGGCGAAGGAGAAGAAAAGAGCCAUCCAAUUCGGCUCGAGGACUGCAAAGAUGGAGAGUGGUAGGAGUAAGGGAACUCAAGUGCUCUCGUAG